AUGGGCGUAGGAGCAGAACGUCGGCCUAAGAAGCCGCACCCCACGGCCUAUGCCGAGGCCGGUCCCACGCGCCAUCGAUGCCGCCUGACGAUAGACUACAUGCUCACACUGUCCGUGCAUGUCCGUGAUAUGCCUUCCAUUCUCCAACGGCGAUGUCGUCCUCCGAUUUCGCUUACAGUACUAGCCAUAUCGAUAGUCCUCGCGUGUGUGCUUCAAGACUGGCAUCCACUCCGCUUGAAGUGGGCCUUCAGGACACGCUACCAUCCCAACGAGAUCCCUGUCCACGCGGCAAAUAUACCGGCCGAUACUACUGCGAUAGUACUGAACUGGUCGCGAUUCUCGAAUGUCCGGAGGAUAGCGAAGCUCCUGUGCGCGCCCGAACUGGCUGGGGUAUUCCAGACCGUCUUAAUUUGGAACAAUCAUCCAAAGCCGGUGUUCUACGAAGAUUUUGAUGAUGAUAUCGGAUGCUUGCCGUCGCGAUUGCACAUCGUGAACUCGCCGGAGAAUCUCUACUUCCAGGCAAGGUUUAUGGCUUGCAUGAGCGCCAAUACCACGUUUUGCUACACGCAGGAUGACGACUACCUCGUCUUACCCGAAACCUUGCAAUCCCUUCAUGCUCGCAUCUCGGAAAGCAAUCCUCCUCAAGCCAUACAUCUACUACCUCCACACGAACGACUGUCCUCUGAGCUUCGUUACAUUUGCAACGAGGAUCGCGGCAUGCACGCUUCCUUCGCAUGGCUCGGGCAUGGAGCCAUCCUACAUCGAUCUUUGGUUGAGCAAUUCCUUGAGUUGAUGCAUCUCGUCAAUGCUACGGAGGAACAGCUCAAAAUGGCAGACAACUACUUCAGUAUACUGUCCAAUUGGCCACCAGAGCUGUGGUUCGACCAAGGCAUAGAGCUUGGCGGCGGUCAGGCGUUUACGGUUGGAUCUGAAGGGGAGUUGAGGAACCGGAAACACAUUACUUAUGCCGGAGCAUUCCUCGACUCUCUUUUGGAUACAGAGAGAGACGUAAAGCCAAAGCGAAGGUGCGACGUGCAACCUCCCGAGUUCAUUGGACGGGCUCCCUGCAUAGGGCGGGUCUGCUUAUUGGAGACAUCCGUUCAAACAUUGCCUUCUCUGGCGCAUACUGUGGAGUCCGGCAUAGACAUGCUUGCAAAUGAGGAACGUAGCUUGGCACUAUUACACGGCGAGGUCGUGGACAACUACCUUACACAUCCUCCGUCCAAUGCUGUAGACGCCGGACAGGCUUCUUCGUUCAGAAGUCUGCUGGUUGGGAAGAAAGAUGACUACAUGAUGCUCGAUAUACUUUCGCCUAAGGUAGCCGCGGGCAUGACUUGGCUUGUCGACGAGGCGACGGCGCUGCUUUUGCAGCGUUGCACAUACGAGUCGUCUAUCGAUGGGAAACAAUGGUCUACCACCCGUGCCGAUCUCGCCUGCAUCGGGGAUGGAAGCUUGUUUAGAUGCGCCGUGCCGACCCCAGUAACGCCUGCACGUUACUUCCGUGUACGGCUUCAGGAGGACGUGAUGGAUAGAUGGACGGUAUACGAUGUUCGGUUACUUUGA